CUGCUAAUAUUAAUGAUAAUAAACAAAUUUUUCUUUUCAGUGCACUCAUAGGAUGAACAUUCAAAAAUGCAUGUCAAGUAAAAGUGAAAAAACUAUUUCAGUGAAAACCCCAGUAGUGUUUUUAUAUACAUAUUCAGCAGUUCAAAAGUUUAUUCUCUAAUGUGCGUUCGGUCAAAUAGUGCUCCUCUCAGCUGCUGUACUAUAAUAUAAUCACCACAAGCUCCCUCUCGUGGUUUAAACGCUCCCUUCAGCUUCAGUGGAGGCACUGAAAGAACUACAAGUCCCAGAGCUUUGUGCUGCCAUAGCAACAGAACCAACGCACCUCACCUCACUAGCUUCCAGAUUUAAAAGCGAUGUGUUGAGAAGCACAGAGAAAACGAGUCGUUUUAAACAUAACACGGAAGCAUUAUACGAGCUAAAUGUCUCUCAAAAAUGGACCGGUGGAAAACAUUAAGUUCCCCUGGUUUAAGGAACGGCUAAAAACAAAAUAUCUCAGGGAUUUAAGGCAAAAGCAACAGCUAUCUGGGUCAUUAGAUAGUCACAAAUGGCGCUUUUUGUCCCCGGGUAUGGAUGAUUUUAGAGAUGGUUACCCAACAGUCCAUAAAGAGCUCUUCACUCAGUGUAAGAGUGGACCCUCCCCUGCAGUCUUUGGGAUGCCAAAUCACACUCGUUCAGUGAAGUUCCCACAGAAGAGACUGAGUAAAAAUCAAGUGUGUUACUCAAAGCAGAAUCCCCAGAGUCAAGCUCAGCGUGAGUUCAUUGACGCUGUUGAGUACAAACUCAAACAACACCCCCUGGCCCUCUAUCCUCAUCUGGAGAGCGGUAUGGCACCAGAGCUAUUUGACCAGGUGUUGUCAGUCCUGGAUCCUGAUAUGUGCAUGAAGGCAGAAUUGUCCAUAACCUCUCCAAUGAAGCAUCUAGAAGAAAGCAGUGCACCGUGUGAAAUCUCAACUCUGGAGACUAUAAAACCGUCCAUCACCAUCAAACCACAAAAGGAGAAAUGUAAAGAGGCCAGACCAAGAAAUCCUUAUAGAUGGCAGAAACUCAAAGAAACGUUGGGUGUUGAAGAUCAGACGGCGAGUGUUAAACACCUGCACUCCGUGUCGCAAGAAGAUGACAAGCAGAUGAUUACCAAACUCUUCUGUGAAUGGAUUACCUCACUGGGUGGAGAGACCAGUGAUCUGACAGAGUCAACCAUCUUGGAUUUGUUUAAGAGUGACUAUGAAAAGAAACCCUCCUGGACCUUACCUAUUAACAAGACUCAUCUUAAUCAAACUCCAGCAAAACCCUCCAGCUCUGUAGAGGGACAUCUUAAAGAUGCUAAAGAGUUGAAUCAGGUCAAUAAACCCAACAGACCUCAGGCUGCCAAUGAUCCUCUAAGAGCCCCAGGAGAUAUCACAGGAAGCCUGCACUUUGAAGAACAGCUGAGUGAGAAGGAUGAAGAGCUGAAGCAGAUUCACGGCAUUCAGGCUUUCAGAGAGUUCAUUAUCAACAAGGGAGUGAGAAUGCCAAGGUUUCUCAGCACUAUCUUCUCUGAGGAUGAACAGAAGAACAGGAUCAGAGGCUCAAACACCGCAGGCUCCGCCUCAUCAUUGUCUAAAGGGAGAGCUGUCCAUUAAACUCUUUAAAUAAUAUUCCCUUAUGUUGUUUUAUUGAACAUCACUUCACACAUUCAUGGAUCAGCUGCUGAGUGCAGUUCCCCAGACUACAGUUUUUUUGGAUUAAAGUAACAUUUUACCCCCAAGCUAGAUUUUUGUAUUAUGUUAUUUUACGAUCAAAAAAAAUAAAACCAGGGCGUAUUUGGCAUGGUU